AUCUAGUGAACAUACUGCUGGGUUGCUGAGGUUGUUGGUGUGUUCCGCAGUUCUGGCCUAUCCGCAGUUGGAGUGAUGUAGCGAAAUGUUCAGCUAAAGGAAUGCCUUUGGCAGUUGAUAUGAUUAAUGUAAAAUCGGUUUCUCUGGAUUAAUGUGAAGGUGGACCCUGCACACUUGUGUGUGUGUCUGCGAAGAUGCUGCUGUCUCUGGGUGUGCUCAUGCUGUCAGCAGCGCAGAUUUACACACUCUUCACCAUCCAGAUCUUCACCUUCAUCAACCUGCUGCCUGUGGAGGCUGACAUCUCUGCUUUUUCUGUGGACAAUAAGACGGAGAGUUUUGAUGACCUGCCAGCAAGGUUUGGAUACAGGCUGCCCAGCGAAGGGCUUAAGGGUUUCCUGGUUGGAGCUCGGCCCGAGAAUGCCUGUGAACCCAUUGAACCUCCACCAACCAAAGGGCGAGAAAACUCCAGCACCUUUAUCGUCCUCAUCAAACGUUUUGACUGCAACUUUGACAUAAAGGUUCUUAAUGCUCAGCGCGCAGGAUAUAAAGCAGCAAUUGUUCACAAUGUGGACUCUGAUGACUUAAUCAGUAUGGGAUCCAAUGACAUAGACAUUGUGAAACAGAUAGACAUUCCGUCAGUGUUUAUUGGAGAAGAUGCUGCAAAUGCUCUGAAGGAGGAGUACACCUAUGAGAAAGGAGGUCAUGUGAUCGUCAUGCCGGACUUCAGCUUGCCUCUGGAAUACUACCUGAUCCCGUUUCUCAUUAUCGUUGGAAUCUGCCUCAUCCUUAUCGUGGUGUUUAUGAUCACCAAGUUUGUUCAGGAUCGUCAUAGGGCCAGGAGGAGCCGCCUGCGCAAGGACCAGCUAAAAAAACUUCCUAUUCACAAAUAUAAGAAAGGUGAUGUUUACGAUGUGUGUGCAAUCUGUUUGGAUGAGUAUGAAGAAGGAGAAAAACUGCGAGUGCUGCCGUGCUCACAUGCAUAUCACUGUAAGUGUGUGGACCCCUGGCUGACGAAGACGAAGAAGACGUGUCCGGUGUGUAAGCAGAAAGUGGUUCCAUCUGAAGGCGACUCUGACUCCGACUCGGACUCCGGAGACAGCGGCCCAGACGAGAACGAGGACAACGAGGAAGCUUCGGAAAACACUCCGCUGUUGCGCUCACUGGCAUCCACCAGCGCUCACUCGUUCGGCACCAUGGCGACCGCGCUGUCUCCUCAAGACCAUGAGGAAUCAUCCAACUAUGACGAGCAGAGUGACAUGGACACCAGUGACAGCGAGGAGGAAGUUACUGUGGAAACGGUGGUGGUGCAGCUGCAGCAGGAGCGACCGACAGGCGACGCAGCAAAAGCUUAAAGCAAAAGUCUAAAUUAAAGACUUUAAAGAAAACGUUUGAGACACAGCAGCCCAAACCAAUCAGACUGUACGGGCAGGGGUGGGUGGGUGGGUUUAUGGGUGUGCACUUUUGGAGAAACUUAUCACUGCUUGAUUAAAUUCAUCUCUCUCACACAAGUUUUAGCUCUGCUAAAUUAACUUUGCAGAGAAAAAUCACGGCGUGAGUGAACGCUGUGCAUGCUCGGCGGGACGUGACCGUUACACUCAAUUCACCAUCAGAAAACACUCCUUAUAAACUGGAUUAACUACAGUGUGUGUGCACCACUGUAUGAUUAAGCAAAUCACUCUAACAUUAAUAAUCAUCUGAUUGAAGAUAUGAUGUAAUAAGGGGGGGGUGAGGUUCUACAGAAAUUUUACGCAUUAGUGAAUGCAGUAAAGUUGGAAGUGUUCGGGGGGAGGAAAGCCUGAAAGGUUUCAUUAAUAACAGUGUUUAAACUAUAAACCGGGUUCUGACUGGAGAACCAUAACUCAUCUUUUAUCUAGCACGAUUUUACUAAUUUUCCUGAACUGUAGUUUCAGAUGUGAGAUUAUUUUGUAAUGAUUUUGCCAAACUGACUAACGAUCCUGGGAGAAUCGCUCAGCACAAGUGACUGUUUGACAGCAGUAUGCGAAGUUUAUGAACAAAAAUUGAAUUCACCUGAAAACUGGAUGUGUUGAAAAAAGUGCUUUUUUUAUUUUACUAUUUUUAAAUGUCCAAAUGUGGGCUGAAAGCAUAAGUUACUGUCAAACCCAAACACUAUACAGUUUAAAAGCCAGUCCUGAGAUUCAGUGCAGCGUGCUCCCUUGUGAAUAUUUGAUUAGUCAUUAUAUGAUUUUUUUUAAAUAUGUAAUUUCAUUAUUUCUGUAUUUGAAACUGCUUGCAGGUCUGUGUUAGAAUCUGAUCACUUUUGUUUGUCUUCAUCUUUUGUUCACACGUGUAAAUCUGUUUUCACUUCAUCAAUAAAGUGAUUUUUGUUUCAAGAGAUAUAGUCCAAUUACAAACACAAAACACUACUAUUAUACCACAGAGGAAACAAACACAAAUGUUCAAAAAAGAAAAACAAGCCCAUCUGGUUGGAAUAAAUUUAUUGGAUUAGUUUGUAAACAGUAAAAUCACUCGAUGGCAUUUUCUAGGUUUGAUAUGAAAUCAGACGCUGAUGUCAGAAAACUUUGGAGGGAAAAUGAGCUGAAAUCAGCAGCAAAUUCUUACUCUGUGCAAAAUCUAACAGAAUACAAACAAAACAACUCCGUCUCAAGUAAUUAAUAUCCACCCUUAUCCGCAUUCUUUGAAAUAUUAUGGCACAGAUUUAACAUGUACUGAUAAUUUCUCCCACAGCCAGAAGUGUAUUAAUCCAACCAUUUCUCUAGUUGCUAGCUACUUAGUUUAGUGUUUUAUUUGGAUCUGAGCUUUAAUACUGAACAGCUGAAUUCAACGUUUGGUACAAUUUUCAUUUUUAACAAGGAUAUUUAUUCCCCAGUUUAGUCACACAUGGGUUUAGAAAUGCAGUAAUUUAAUCUGUAUAAAAAUGAAAAAGUUAACUGCAGUGCAAGCCUUCAUUCUUCUCAAUAUGUUAGGAGUGUAUGUGUUAGUGUUUUAUAUAUAAAAAAAGUAAAACAUAAGGCCAACAGUAAUCCUUCAGAAAGAUAAACUGUAAAUAAUCAGAGCUGAGGCUAAAAAUGGUCCAUAAAAUUAAAACUGGACUCUUAAAUUAAGUAUCUGAAAUGAAGAAGACCGUAGUGGUGGAACAUCCUGAUAGAUGCUAGGGUGGCUGGAGCUGUAGUGUAGUUAUAAACUCCUGAAACCCAAAGACAAUCAGAAACAGGAAGAAAGAAGCUCCUGAACGGAGCCAGAUCUUUAAAAAUUCUAAUUUACACAUCAUUCAGACAAUUACAGUUAAAAAAAAAACAAAAAAAAAAACAG